UGUGUGUUUAUAGAGAUAAGGUAAUUAAAAAAACACACACACACUUGUGAGGUCCUCUUCUCCCUGAUUGGCCAGAAGUGUCCUGACGUCUAAUUAAUAUUAAUCAGACUCGCCAGCGUUUCUUGAAAACUUCCCGGUGCGUCCAGCAUUAGAAUCUCAUUAGUAUUCAGAAUUGAAUUCCUCCCCAUCUGAAAAGUCCUCUGCCCGUCACGUUUCGUCAUUAAUAUUAAUUAUUAUAUUAUUCAUAUAUAAAAGCCGCUAAUCGUAACAGGAGACGUGAAGCGUGACGUCCCGUAUCCUAGGAGAUGUUUCCCCUUUGCCUUGGCCUAUGAUGCUCUGCGCGCGCCCUUGCGCAAAUCUGUGUCGGUUGCCUGGUCAACCAAAUGCGCGUGCCCCUGCAAGCUGAUAUCGGGUGCGCGCAGUUGGGAGACUUAGUGGAGCAGCUCGGACAAAAAUGAAUUAGACGCGAACCUGGAACAUAUUAUGAGAGUGAAGCUGGUUUAUUUUGGCCGCUCUGUGUAAAUAUAUAUUAUAAUGCAUUGUUUUAUAGGAGGGCAUAUGACUUUGGAUGGAGGUUUAUAGAAAUUCAGCAGCACUGAGGAUGACGAACAUGAUGAAGAAGACCUGCUGUCACUUCUCAUAUGAAUGCUAUUAAAGUGUAUUUGAAGAGGAAUUACAUUUUUGUUUACCAUCUCUAUUUUGGCGUUUUAAGUUUAUUAAACUGAUGCAAUUUGGGGCAUUAGGGAUUUUUUGGUGCACAUUUCAUGCAAGCAGAAAUAUCGAUAUUUGAUUUGUAGUAAACUGGGAGUUGAAGUCAUUCGAGCUCCAGAGUUGGACUGUCCAGACGCCUUAAACAUGUUAGCAGGACGAAAAAGAAGAAAACCUGUGCAAAGAACGGUGAAGCAGGCUCCAUCUGAAGGGGUGAAGUCUAACCCGUCCAAACGUCAUCGAGAUCGGUUAAAUUCGGAGUUGGACCGGUUGGCCAGUCUCCUUCCGUUUCCAGAGGAGGUCACGAGCAGCCUGGACAAACUCUCCAUCCUGCGGCUGAGUGUCAGUUAUCUACGUGCUAAGAACUUCUUCUCUGUCGCUCUGAAAAACCACAGCUGUAAUGGUUUGUCAGCAAACAACAGUAACCAUGACAACAGUAAAGCAACGGGAUUGGUUGACGGCUGGCUGCAUGAAGGAGAGCUCCUACUACAGGCUCUCAAUGGCUUUGUGUUGGUGGUCACUGCUGAGGGGAUCAUUUUCUACUGUUCUCACACCAUCCAGGAUUACUUGGGAUUCCACCAGACAGAUGUGAUGCAUCAAAAUGUGUUUGAACUCAUUCAUACUGAAGACCAGCAGGCCUUCAGACGCAACUUACACUGGGCCUUGAACCCGCCUCCAACCGGCACGCAGACGGAAGAAUCACCACAAGAUGGAGAUCCUGCCCCAAGCAUGUCGCUGGUGACAUGUAACCCUGACCAGCUGCCUCCGGAAAACUCCUCUUUCCUGGAGAGAAAUUUCGUCUGUCGUUUCCGAUGCCUCCUAGACAAUUCUUCGGGAUUCCUGGCCCUGAAUCUUCAAGGACGUCUGAAAUUCCUGCAUGGACAGAACAGGCAUUCGGACGACGGAGGCCAAAUGCCACCCCAGCUCGCCCUGUUUGCCAUAGCGACACCCCUACAGCCGCCUUCCAUAAUGGAGAUCCGAACCAAGAACAUGAUUUUCAGAACCAAACACAAGUUGGACUUCACCCCAAUGGCCUGUGAUGCUAAGGGUAAAAUCGUUCUUGGCUACACUGAGGCAGAGCUGCGAGUUCGUGGUUCAGGUUACCAGUUCAUCCACGCAGCUGAUAUGCUCUAUUGUGCUGAGAACCAUGUCAGGAUGAUCAAGACUGGAGAAAGCGGCCUUACUGUUUUUAGACUGCUUACAAAGGACAACCGCUGGAAAUGGGUACAAGCUAACGCUAGACUUGUCCACAAAAACGGCAAGCCUGACUACAUUAUUGCCACCCAGAGGCCACUUGUAGAAGAAGAGGGUGGAGAGCAUUUGAGGAAGCGAUCUAUGCACCUUCCAUUCACCUUUGCUACUGGAGAAGCUAUGCUGUACCAAAUCAGCUACCCCAUGCCAGGUUUCCCCGACACCCUUCAGGGUAAAGGCAAGAACAACAAAACCAAAAAGAGCAAGGUGGACAAAAGUUCAAAGGAUGAUCUGGACCCAAGUUCUUUGCUGGGAGCCAUGAUGAGACAGGACGAGUCUGUUUAUGUUUGCCAGCCUGCUAUGGAGCCUAGAAUGUCAUUCCACAGUAGCCUCUUCAGUGAGCAAGGAGAGACUAGCACUUUCUCUUCUCCGGCGGAAAAUGAAAAUUGGAAUCCAGCGCAGAAUGGCGUAACUGCAUUCUCCAAAGAGGGACCAUCAAGUUUCGACCCACUACUGGCAACAUUAGACUCUCUGUCCCUGGAAAACGAGGAAACCUGCUCUAACAGUGAGCUAUUCAAUGCCCUGGAAAACCUUGGACUCAUCGCAGAGGACCUCGAGCUGCUGCUUCUGGAUGAGAGGAUGAUCCAGGUAGAGAUGGAUCCAGAUUACGUCCCAUCUCUGAACGAUCUUCUCACCAACAACGAAAUCCUCUCUUACGUCCAAGACUCACUGGAGAACCGGAUCGAGGUCUCGAAAGAUGCUCAAAACCCUGCCACUGUAUUAGAUUCUGUUGAACCCCCUAAAUCAUGUUCUGCUUCCGAUUCCACUUCUCAAGUGACUUCCUCCAUGCUUGCUCCUUACGUACAUUUCUGGCCACAAAAGCAGAUAACACCCAUAGUUCAUCUCUCACAGAGUAUGCAGCAAUAUCUCAACGGCCAGUCAGUUUGCCACAAAACUGAGAGCUGGAUCCAGGCACCAAUACCACAGGUGUCUACAGCAGACACCGAGACAACUAUUACCCAUGAUACUUUGUUGGUGAACUCGGUACCAGCUGGACACAAUGGACACUGGGUCCCUGAACACACACAAGCCAACUUGAACUCUCAACUUGGUGAUAAGCUAACAGGAACUAGUAAAGCACAAUCACAGCAAUGGCAGCACAACCAGUUGCUUAACCCAUUCCAAUAUAAACAGAAAACAGCUGUGGGUAGUGAUACCCCUCCGAACGGGGUCUACAAUAAUCCCCAGUGGAAUGGUGGAUAUGACUUCACAGACCAGUUGGCCACAAAUGGACCUUGUUUUCCCAAUGGACAGAUGACACACACACAAACACUGGGUAUACAUUACAAUAUGAACGACAGUUCAGGGGUGGAAUUUACAAUGAACAUCAGUACAGCUGGGGAUGUAGGCCAGUUUCAGGGAGCCAUGGCCUCAUCUUCGUCCUAUCAGCAGGGUUAUCAGAAACAGCAGCAACAGCCAAAAGACGCACCCACUUAUUGCACCUCCUAUACCAAACAGAACUCCUCUCUGGAGCAUAUCCUGGGAUUAGCCCCACCUUCAAACCUUCCCUCAUUGACAGAUUACGGCUCUGUUUGGACCCAUGAUGCCACCCACAGUAAGAUGGAGACAGGCUUUAUACUCAACUCUGCUAGUGUGGCCUAUACAGGAAGUUGUUUGGUUCCCAAUGGCAACGCAGUGGCCACACCCGGCAACGGUCCUCAACCCCUUCCUGAGCCACACCCACCUCCCCCUGACCCUCAGACCAAUGGUUUCUACCUCUGAAUACAGAUCGAUACAGAUCCAUACGAAAAAAUCCCAUAAAUCAAGAGAGGACUUUAAAAAAAAAAAGAAGACAUUAAAAAAAAUUAUUAAAUUUUUUUUCUUUCAGGUUUGCUUAUCAACUUGAAUAAAUACAUUUUAAGUAAAAUGAGCCGGACUGACUUCUGAAAUAUCAAACCAGUUGCUAAUAUUCCAUCCCAGAUAAUGUGAUCGCACUCUCAUUUAUAUUAUUCACUCAGUUAUGAAUUAAUUAUGUAUCAGUUACGUUUGGAUUAUUUCUCUGUGUCAGAAAUCACUUUUGCUUCGUGAGACAUUUCUCCAGUUGGCAGAUGCAGUGGAUCACAAUUUGAGAUGGUCUGUCUGUAUCAGGUGCAUGUUUGGAUACGUUUGUGCAUAAGUACAGUAUGUGAGUGAUAUCAGUCGCCAUUAAUUGGGCAAAACAUCGCAAAACAUGCGAUGCAAUGUCUGUAAAUCAUGUAGGAGCAUAUGCAGCGUAUAGUUCUUACAAAACGGAUUGUCUUGAAACGCAGUAAAGGAGUUUUUUUUAUGUUUAUAUGAACAGAUGUUUGGGAUGUAUAUUUAUUUAUGAAAAAAGCAAAGGUGUUACCUUCAGUUUACUGACAGUUUAAAGAAAACUUAUGUGCGAUGUCAAUAAUAAAGCAGUUUAGCAGUACAAAAAAAUAAUCAUACUCUUCUGUAGAUCUGUAGAUCUGAAGCCUUCUCACUAUUACAUUUUGGUGAGAUUAGAUUUUGGAAAGAUGACUCCAGAUCAAAAUAACUUUCCUUUUAGAUACAAGUGUUCAUGUUUAUAGUGAAUCCAGAACCAGCUCAAUCUUGCGACAAACGUGUAAUAAUUUUUAAGAGUUAAAAUAAAUCAGGUUAAGGCAUGACGUUUUGAAUUGUUUCAAAUGAAGUAAAAAUCAUACAUUUUGUAUGAGCCAACCCGUACAAUCUACUAAAUAUCUUUAACAUGAUUAACUCUGAGGCCGUGUCCACAGGUACACGGGUGUUUUUAUAAACAGUUUUUUCUUCUUCCGUUUUUAAGAAAAUCCGUCCACAUGAAAGUGCAAACGUGUGCUAUGAAGCACUGUCAAGAGCAUGCCAAGCCAACAGGUGGCGAUAUAAUCUCAACUGUAAAGCCAUACUGGCCAAUCAGAAACCUGAAAAAGUUUCCAGUAGGCGGAGUUAACAGCGCAGUCUUUGACGUCAAAAGCCAAAACUCUGGUUUCGCUGUCUACACGAUAUAACACUACAACCAGAGCUUUUGUAAAUCUUUACCCUGCAGGCGUUUUCAAAAAAAAUUUGUUUCAGUGACCUGGUGAUGCGUCUGCAUGUGGACGAAUAGCCAAACCGCAUAGAAAAAGCUGUGAUUUUAAAAAUAACCAUGCUCGUGUGGACUGGGCCUGAUUAUUGUGCGUUUGACAUGAGACCAUGUAGUCCAGAACUUAUCAAAAACCAGUUAAAGAGCAGUUUUGUUUUGUCCAUGAAAAGAGAUUCUGGGAGCUUACAUUGUUGAAUGUGUUGAGUAUAUUGUAAAGAAGUUAAAAAAGAAAAAGAAUAUUUCAUCAAGGUGCUGCAAGGUUUUAAUGAAUAAUAUUGUUAAAUGUUAUAGUAUUAUAAAGUCACAGAGAAAAUACAUUUCCAGGCCAGCCUCUGUUUUAUGUUCCUUUUUUUAAAUGCAUAUAUGUGACCCUGGACCACAAAACCUUAAGUCUUAAGUCACUGGGGUAUAUUUUU